AUGGCUGCCAAUUCCUCAGAACAAGAAUUCCUGCGUCCUCCAAGCACACAACAAUAUGAGCUUUCACAUCGAAAUUCCUCCAUCUACAAUCCUUUGAAUACCUUCCGACUUCCUCCCGGUCAGGAACGACAAUACCAACAGCAAUAUGGAGAUAUGUACUUCUUGCGGCUCGCGAAGCUGAAACCAGCGGUCGAGGCGGUUGCAGUCGAGGCCUGGGAAGGAUUCAGUAUUGCAGGAGAACAUGCCCGUCGCGUGGAACGAGUACUGGAUGUCCGACAAGGAGAGCUUUGCUGGGUUGCGGGCACAAUAUAUAUGGAGAUGCCAUUAAAACCCAAUAUUCUUGAUGACCUUGCAAAAGAUAACUUCACAUCAGCGCCUCCCCCUCGACGAACCUACCAAGAUCCCGCACACCCAGAGCUAACGGAGAUCAUGCUGGAAGACGAGUCCGGACGACUGCGACUUACAGGAAGUAAGCUUCAGUCAGUUCAACUAGCGACAGGGGUAAUUAUCGCGGUGCUUGGGACAGAAAACGCAAAUGGAGAUUUUGAAGCGAUCGAUAUCAAGGUUCCUGAUCUCGCUCGGCAACCACGGCGGUGGGAAAGAGAUGAAGCGAAGGCACCCAAAGAAGCGAAGAAGGGAAAAAUUGCAAUGGUCAGCGGCCUUGGAAUAACGGGGACCUCAAGUGACACCCUCGCCCUUGAGCUCCUGACAGACUAUCUUCUAGGCUACACGGGAUCAUCUAAGGGCGAAGAGGGUUCUCCGCCAGAUGCUAGUAGGAUUACGAGGUUGAUCAUCGCCGGGAACUCACUCGGCGCGAGCACCAUCGAGGCAGCACCGGCAACGGAUGGAGUACCGGCGAAAAAGAUUGCGCACCAGAAGAAGUACGGAUAUGACGCUUCAGCGUAUAACGCAUCACCUAUUACACAACUGGAUUCCUUCUUGGCAGAGCUCCUGCCUAGCAUACCGAUUACACUUAUGCCAGGCGAGAGCGACCCAGCGAAUUUCGCCCUGCCCCAACAGCCAAUCCACCGGGCGAUGUUUCCUCGGUCAAGGGCAUACUGUUCCGCACCGCCAAUCGGAGAAGACAAAGUAGAGCCGGGCUGGUUCGACAGCGUGACGAAUCCUUGGGAGGGAGACGUAGAGGGAUGGCGAUUUUGGGGCAGCAGCGGCCAGAACGUGGACGACGUGCUCCGGUACCUGGAUUUCGCCGAUGAGGACGGUAAUGUCGACAUGAACGGGGAUACAGAGGCCAGAAUACGGGUCAUGGAGGCCAUGCUGCGGUGGAGGUGUGGAGUCCCCACGGCCCCAGAUACGUUAUGGUCCUAUCCAUUCCAAACGCACGACCCCUUCGUCAUGGAGUCCUGCCCUCACCUCUUCUUCGCGGGCAACCAGCCCCAAUUCAAGACCGCCGUUAUUGAGGGAGACUUGCCCUUGAGACCGGACGGCGAAGACACAGAGAUGGGCGGGACGGCGCAGAAUGCAGCCGUCCCUACCGUUCGCCUCAUCUCGCUUCCCAAGUUCCGGGAAACGGGUGAGCUUGUCUUGGUGGAUACCGAAACGCUGGGGGUAGAAGUAGUCAGGUUUGGGACUUUCGCGGGGAAGGAGGAGAAACUAUAA